UGUCUCCAUCCUCCAUGUAGCCAGAGAAACCACGCUGAGACUGAGGCACGGGAACGUAAGCUGAGGAAUCUGAAAGGACCUCCACAAUCUCACACAGCAGACGGUGAGACCAUGAGGACCGUAGUGGCUCUGCUGCUUCUCUGUCUGUGCGAUCCAGGACGGAGUGACUGCCAGACUGACUGCCUGUCCUGCAGCAAAAUCCUGCCUAAACAGCUCAGUUUCAACACUGUGGUGUGUUUGAUUGGAUGCAAAAGCAGCGCCUCUCCUUCCUCCUCCUGGGACAUCUGCCGUAAAGCGCUAUCUUCUUCUUCCCCCGAUGGCACCGUCAGAAGAAGAUCUCAAGAGGAAGCUGAUGUCCUACUUCCUGAGGAAGAGGAGCAAAUGGAUGGGGGUCUGCUCCUCCCCAUUUCUUUGCAGAGAUUCAACCACGUGACCCGCGCACUCGACCUGAGCGACAGGGGCCUGGUCAGCCAGAGCAGCCAGCUGAGCUCCCUCUACGGCUCCCAGGACGCCCUGUCGCUCGCCAACGAGUACGAUGAGGAGGAGGAGGCAGGGCAGGAAGAGGAGGACGCCGCCGAGGCAGCGAGACAGCAGGACGACCCGGAGCUGAGCAUCGCCAAGAGGUUCGGCGGCUUCGUCAAAGGGAGGCACGGCUACCGGAAGUUGGUCUCUCCGGGAAGGUCGUACCAGAAGAGGUACGGGGGCUUCAUCGGGGUUCGGAAGUCGGCCCGCAAGUGGAACAACCAGAAACGCGUCAGCGAGUUCCUGAAGCAGUACCUGGGCAUGAGCACCCGGUCCACCGAGUUCAACAGCGUCUCAGGAGAGCUCACCCAACAGAACGAGGUGUGAGGGAGCGUGCCUCCAUAAGGCCAUGACAGACAUACCAGAUGUGCUUUCAGUUGUCUUCUAUUAGAGCAGAAAACAUUUCACAGUUAAUCUGGCUCCAUCUCCAACAGGAGAUGGAGCCAGGAGAUGAACCCCAUCACAGCUUCUGGUUGUAUGAAUAGCCUUUUAUGUGUAUUUUCUUAAACAGGAAUCCUUCUUACAGUGGAAGGAACCUAAAUUACGUUAGAAGUUACUUUUCAUGUCUUAAAAAAGCAUAAUGAAGGAUUCGAAAAGUGGAAUUGUAUUUAAACAUUUUCCAAGUUAUGAACAUAAAAGCAAACCAUGCAUAAGAAAGUAUUUCGUUCCCCCCACCCCCAUUUGUUCUGUUGUAUCCAUUUCAUACUUUAAGGAAGGACAGGGAAAUCUGAAAAGUGCCAUGGAAGUGUGUUGGAACCCUAUAAACCUUCUACCCUGUUGAAAUUCGCAAAGAAACGAAAUCUGAAAUCCUUGCUCUUUGAAAAAUUCUGUGGCCCCUUGCAAAAAUACCGCUAGUUUUUGUUUACAUCUCGUCUGCUUCGGGCCUUUUUAAGGAUGAAAAUUUGAGCACUUUCGUUUUCGUGUGUCGCCAUCUAGUGGACAAAUACUUAUAGCAGUCCAAUAUGAAAUGUAAUGUCUCUUUUUUUUUUUUUGUUCCUUCCUCUGUUUUUCAUGUUCUACUCUCUUGAUGAUAAAAACUUCAGCAGCACUGUAUCUGUGUGUGAUUUAUGUUGAAUAAACUAAAAUGCAUUUACGUUUUUCUGGUCAGUAUCUCCUGCAUCAUACUCCCGAUACAGAUAUAUUAAAAUCAUUUAACUUAAACAACUCCAGACAGCAUGCAGCAUUCAUUCAGACUUUAUGACAGUAAUCAGUCUUGAUUAUGUUGUACACAGCUGAGCAUAAGCUUUGAUGGCUUGUUGUGUUUGAACACUUGUGUGAAAAAUUGUCUCUGAACUGUUACAGAUGUAAAAUGUUUUGUCUUGUAAAUAACUGAAUUGAAACAUGCCAAUAAAUAUAGUUUACUAUUUCCUUCGUGGCUUGUCAUGCAGAAACCGA